UUCCUAACUAACGUUAGCUUGUUUCACCGCUCGCUUGUUGUAGAAAGAAGCGGCUAGCUUAGUUAGCGCUGUGUGUCUUUGAAGGACAGCUUACUAUAGUUUCUUGUUGUUACAGUCGUUUCCAGCAUGGCGUACCAGCUGUACAGGAACACCACGCUGGGAAACAGCCUGCAGGAGAGUCUAGACGAGCUCAUACAGACUCAGCAGAUCACACCUCAGUUGGCUCUUCAGGUCCUCCUUCAGUUUGAUAAAGCAAUCAACACGGCGCUCGCCAAUCGAGUCCGCAACAGAGUCAACUUCAGGGGCUCCCUGAACACAUACAGGUUCUGUGACAACGUGUGGACGUUUGUCCUGAACGAUGUGGAGUUCAGGGAGGUGACGGACCUUGUGAAGGUCGACAAGGUCAAAAUUGUCGCCUGUGACGGAAAGAGUGAGUCGACCCAAAACAAAAUGGAUAAAUGACUCCAGCGCUGCAGAGUGACGAGCGUCUCUUCAUGGACACGAGUCACAGAUGGACCUGGACUGUACAUAUAAUUUAUUACAGCAGAGUCACAGCUGAGAACUGAGUGAGUGAGUGAGUGUGUGUGUGUGUGUGUGUGUGUGUCUCACAGCAGACCAAUCACUGGACCUGCAGCAGUUAGUUUUUUUUUAAAAUUGUUAUCAGUUUACAGGAAGUUUGUGUUCAUUUUGCUGUUAUCGAGCUGGAUCAUCUUUAAUAAAAAAACUUUAUUU